UGCUCUUUCGUUCGGGCGCUCCGCCGCUGAAUGCUGAGUGGCGUGCAGAACAUGGAUCCUCGCACGCCUUUGAUCCCACACGAAACACUUGUCGCUGCAGUCAGCGGGCCAUAGCUGAUGGCCGCAUUAUGAUAGGCACCACUGCGUAUCGGCUCGUCGUGCUCCAUGCUUAUAAAUGGCCAGAACUCUGACGAUACAAGCCCACUCACACCCCUGCCCUCUUUCUCGCUGCCCGUGUCUGCUUGAUCCUUUUCCAUUCGUGCUUGGUGGACUGAUUCUGCUUACGUACUUGGUACAUUAUAUUACUCCGUCUCACCAUGGUCGCUACUCGCUUCGCCCAGCUUUCUGCGCUGCUGCUCCUCGCUUCGUCUUCAUUCGUCAACGGCAAGAAGCAGCAACGCAGCGUCAUCCAGCUGAUCUCCGAUGGGUUUGGUCCAGCAUCGGAGACUUUUGCUCGCAGUAUUUACCAAUACGAGAACAAGCUGCCAUGGGAUGCAGAGCUUGCGCAAGACAAAUACGUCAUCGGACAGAUCCGGACUAGGGCGAGCUCUAGUUUGGUGACGGACUCGGCGGCCAGUGCGACUGCCUACUCCUGCGGCUUGAAGAGCGUGAACGCAUACAUCGGCGUGGAUUCGGAUAAGAAGCCGUGCGGCACCAUCUUGGAAGGUGCCAAGGCGAAAGGGUACAAUACCGCGCUGGUCACCACUUCGCGAGUGACUCAUGCCACUCCAGCUUCCUGGUCAGCACAUAUCGACGACCGCGAUGCCGAGGCAGAGAUUGCUUUACAGCAGCUUGGGAACUACAUGCUCGGUCGCCAAGUCGACAUCCUCAUGGGUGGUGGCUGGGGCUACUUUAUCUCCAACGCGACGACCGGCAGCUCACGGAAGGAUACGCGCGACCUUAUCUCCGAGGCCAAGGAGGAUGGCUGGCAGGUCUUGAUGAACCGCACCGCCUUUGAGGCACUAGAAAAUGGCAAGAACUUUAAGUACCCUACACUCGGCCUCUUUGCACGGAGCCACAUGUCUUACGAGAUUGACCGAGACCCAAAGAAGGAGCCGUCGCUCAAGGAGAUGGCCAUUGCCACGCUCAAUUCGCUUAAAAAGGCGGACAAGCCGUUCUUCAUCAUGAUCGAGGGAGCUCGUAUCGACCAUGCAGCCCACAACAACGAUCCCAUCGGUCAUUACCAUGACAUCCUUGCCUACCAGGAUAUGGUCGAAGCCGUUUCUAAGUGGGUCGACGAGAAUGACAAGGGACACCAUGAGCCUGAGAUCGUCAUGAUCGGCACGUCGGACCACGAGUGCGGUGGCCUGACACUGGGGGUUCAGCGCCCCGAGGACAAGGAUGGCCAGUACCUUUGGUACCCCGAUGUCGUAGCACGCGGCACGCACUCGACCGAGUACCUCGCUGCGGAUUUCCUCAAGCAAGCCAACGCCAGUGCCGAUGAGCAGAGGGCGUACAUGGUCGAGACGAUCAUCAAGAAGGGUCUCGGUGUCGAGGACGCCAAUGCUGAUGAGAUCCAGCGCGCGCUUGACCUCGCCAAAGUCAAGGACAGUGGCCUAUCGCUCAGCAUCUGGCUUUCCAGUUUGGUCAAUUGGCGCGCGCAUCUUGGCUGGAGCACAACUGCACACUCGGGCACCGACGUUUCUCUUUACUACCAUGAAAGCCCCAAGUUCACCAAGACGCGCUCUGAGCGCAUCGAGGAGUUUAGAGGCAACCACGAGAACACAUGGAUCGCAAAAUGGACCAGCCAUUGGCUGAAGCUCGACUUGCAAUCCAUCACUGACAAGCUCAACAACGGUUCGUACUCUUGGUACACCAAGCAUGGCAAUGACAUUGCGAAUUUCACCGUCAACCUUGACAAGUACCACGGUGGUGUCGCACGCGUCGUUCCAGCUCUGCCAGCCUCCGCAGCUGGCCGUCGUGACAACGUUGGCUACUCUUACAACGACAACCUCGAGCUGCUCCGCGACUACUCUGCUCGCUCGCACAGGGCUGCUCGCCGGUCGGAACUCUGAGUAGUUCAUUGUAUCA